GCGUCGCUCCGCUUCAGUCUCGGCAGCGGCGGAGCUGCAGGCGGGCCGCCGGAGCUCAUAGCCUCCUGAACGGCCGAAACAGAAACACCGCCCGCCUACCUGCCUCCUGCUCCUUCGGAUCAAACGCACCUACACAUUAGAGACCGAUCAGAGUCCAGGAUGGAGACGCUGCAGAUUUUCCUCCAGCUGAAUGUUUUGAUCUUCAUGGUUUCUGCUCAGCAGGUGGAUGAACCCGUCACCUACUCAUGCACGGAGGGCUACGAGUUCAACGUGGAAGAUCAAGAAUGUAAAGACAUCAAUGAGUGUGACACGCUGCCUGGCGCCUGUAAAGGGGGGAUGGGCUGCAUCAACCACUACGGAGGUUAUUUCUGUCUGCCGCAGAACGCUCAGAUCAUCAUCAGCAACGGAGAGGAAGAACCCGCCCCCACCACCACCACCCGCCCCCCGCCUCCACACUUCAUCCCCCUCCCUGCUGCACCCAGUUAUGGCACCGCCAACUUAGCCAUCAGCCAGGCCGGCAACCAGGCCGGCAACCGGGCCAGGCUGACCUCUGUCCAGUGUCCAGUCGGAUUCACCGCAGACGAGUUCAACUUCUGCAGAGAUGUAAACGAAUGUGUACCCAACAGCCCCUGCCAACAUCUGUGCUACAACCUGCCAGGAUCCUUCAUGUGUCAGUGUGAUCAGGGCUACGAGCUGACUCCAGACCAGCUCAGCUGCCACGACGUGGACGAGUGCCUGCUGUCCGCCUACAUGUGUCAGUGGCAGUGUGUGAACCAGCCCGGCUCAUACAGCUGCAUCUGUCCUGAAGGAUACCAGCUGCAGGGAACUCGCAUGUGCCAAGACAUAAACGAGUGUGAAACUGGAGCAAACUGCCGUGAGGACCAGAUGUGUUGGAACUACUUUGGAGGUUACCGCUGCUAUCCCAGAAACCCCUGCCAGGAGCCCUAUGUCCAGACCGGAGAGGGGCGCUGCAGCUGUCAGUCUCUAAGCGCAUGCAGAGGACUCCCUCCCUCCAUCGUCUAUAAGUACAUGAGCAUCACGUCGGAGCGCUCGGUGCCAGCCGACAUCUUCCAGAUCCAGGCCACCAGCGUCUUCCCCAACAUGCACAACACCUUCAGGAUCAAAGCUGGCAACGAGGACGGACAGUUCUUCCUCAGGCGAUCCAGUAAUGUGAACGCCAUGCUGGUGAUGACUCGUCCUCUGAUUGGUCCCAGAGAGCAUGUCCUGGACCUGGAGAUGGUGACGCAGAACUCGGCUCUCAGUUAUCGCUCCAGCUCUCUGCUCCGCCUCACCGUCAUCGUGGGGCCGUACGUCUUCUAGAAACCGUCAGUGACGAACAUGUAUCUCAUAUAACAUUUAACUAAAACCAGAACUUUCCAGGGAAAGUGGCUCAAAAUCUAAAUGUAAACAUUUAGGCCCCGCCUCCACCUGACAGGUGUCUCCUAUCAGAUCAAAUCCAGAUUAUUUCCAGCAUGUCCUCACCUUUUAUAUUCAUAAUAUCAUCAAACAUGCAUCACAUGAUCUUAACAUGUAUUUAAAAUGGUUAUGAAAGUGACUUCCUGUUUGAGUCUAUUGAUCCUCACCACAGGUAAUCCAUACAUCAAUACGUCUACAUGCACCACACCACUGAAGGUGACUGUGGAGGUUCAGUCUUUGCACUGCAGUCGAUCAUCUUUUCUCUGAGAUGUGUUUAAAAUCAGAGCUGGAACUGCAAUGACCUGCAGUGACCUAUACUGACCUGCAGAGACCUGGAGUGACCUACAGUGACCUUCAGUGACCUGCAGUGACCUGCAGAGACCUGCAGAGACCUGCAGUGACUUACAGUGACCUUCAGUGACCUAUACUGACCUGCAGUGACCUACAGUGACCUUCAGUGACCUUAAAUGACCUACUGUGACCUGCAGAGACCUGCAGAGACCUGCAGUGACCUACAGUGACCUUCAGUGACCUAUACUGACCUGCAGAGACCUGCAGUGACCUACAGAGACCUUCAGUGACCUAUACUAACCUGCAGAGACCUGGAGUGACCUACAGUGACCUGCAGUGACCUGCAGAGACCUGUAGAGACCUGCAGUGACCUACAGUGACCUUCAGUGACCUUAAGUGACCUACCGUGACCUGCAGUGACCUACAGUGACCUUCAGUGACCUACCGUGACCUGCAGUGACCUACAGUGACCUUCAGUGACCUUAAGUGACCUACCGUGACCUGCAGUGACCUACAGUAACUCCUGAUGAAUGAAUAAAUGAGGGCUCUGUGUCCCUGUGCCGUAGCUUGUACUUUAUUAAAUAAAACAUGUUCAAGGAAGCAGAGUUGGUUGAGUGCUAACAUGCUAACAUGGAUAUGCUAACAGGUCAUCUCUGGUGAUGAACCCCAUGUAACAUCCGCAUAACAUCAGAAAUAAUUAAAUAACAAAAGAGGAAGGAAUCCUCUGACCCCUGACCUCUGACCCCUGACCCCUCUGACACUUGAGCUCCAUAUAAACAACAUUUCAUAUUU